AUGGAGCUGUUGGAAGAUAAGAUACAGCAGGGUGACUGUGCGGAAGAAAAUGCAAUCCGGUGUUAUUCGUGUGAAGACUGCACCCAAGAAGAGCCCGUGAUCGUGCAGUGCAACACCAAAACCAGGCUUGAUUUAAGCGCACUCAGCUUCACCCCAACGUAUCCUGUGCUGACGCAGUCCACUCCAGCGUGGGGUGGCAGUCCUUGGGAUCCAAUAUUGACACCACCUCCAUUCCCACCGCAGAACGGAGGCAAUCAAAACAAUCCUUGGGAUCCGCUUCUAACGCCUCCACCACUCGUCGGUGGUGGUAACGAUGGAGGCGCCUGGUACCCGGGUAAUCCAAUCCUAACACCACCGCCUUUAAGCGGUGGUGGUGGUGGUAAUCAGCUUUAUCCUUGGGAUCCUUUACUGACUCCUCCACCGUUAGUGGGGGGUAGCACUGUUUGGUACCCGGGGAAUCCAAUCUUAACGCCUCCACCCUACUACCCAUACGGGAAAGCGAAACACGUGCAGGCGGCAGAAAAGCGGUUCGUUUGUGUGACGAUUCGUAGCCAGAGGAACGACUCAACGAAGGAUGUUGUGCAUCGUCGGGGUUGUGCAGAAAUAGAGGGCUACGCCGUUGGAGUUUGUGAACGGGAACCGGUUCCCUUUGUGGAAGGUGAUAUUUCAAGUUGCCGUGUUUGUGGACACUCGCUGUGCAAUGAAUGA